GAGCCUGCAGGGCAGCACCUGGUUUCAUUUAAUCCUGAUGGAGGAAGAGGAGCUCCAGCGGUGACACAGGGAAGAUGAAGCUUCUGGUCUUUGUGAUGCUUCUGUUUGCUCAACAUGGGAACUCCAGUCCUCUUCGGGGAACCAGACAAGAGUUUGGGGCUGAAACGAGGGGGAUGAAGCAGGAUCAUGAUCCAGAGACGUUGCAGGAGCUGCUGUCCGACCAGCAGGAGGUGACGGAGGGAGACAUCUUGCUGCUGAGCGACAGGAAUGCUGUGGGCAGAGCUUGGCCGACUCUGGAUCUGCCGUAUGAUAUCAACCCAGGAAUCGACAGUCGGACGGGCGACAUCUCGGCUGCCAUGACGAUGGUAUCUGAACACACCUGUGUGACCUUUCACAAGAGAAAUAGCUCCGAGCCAGACUUCCUGCACUUCACAUCUGGUACUGGCUGUGGGUCAUACGUGGGCUUCGUCGGCGGCGAGCAGUCCGUGUUGAUCGCUCCUUCCUGCAGUGUGGGCAACAUCGCCCACGAGAUCCUCCACGCUCUGGGUUUCCACCACGAACACAGCAGGGAGGACCGAGACCAGUACAUCUCAAUAGAAUACCAGAACAUCAUCAAAGGGAAGGAGGACAACUUCCGAAAGCAUAACGGCAAAACCUUCAACAUCUCCUACGACUUCACGUCCAUCAUGCACUAUGGACGUAAAUUUUUUUCAUCAAACGGGGAAGCCACCAUCAUCCCAAACAUGGACGUGAAGGAGCUGGGCCAGAGGAAAAGGAUGCAGAAGUCGGACAUCCAGAAAGUUCGACAGUUAUACCACUGCGAUUCCCUGAAGGCUGCCAGCAGCUAAACCAGCUACAGGAGAACGAGUCCACCACCAGAGGGUGCAGUCAGAUCAGCACAGACCAGACCUGGACCGAGCUGAGAUGUUUCCAAUAAAACAAGCCCAGACCGGACUCUGAACUGAUUUACUGGUGCACCAUCAUCUAUCAUCCAUC